CAAUUGACCUUGAUUUUUCUCCCUCCUCCCUCUUGCUCGAAUCAUUCAUCUCAGCUUCGACUCUACAAUCAUAGCCUCGCCCAUCAUGUCCAACUCUCUCGACCAGCUCAAGGCCACCGGCACGGUACGUUGGACACCUCUGCGCUGUUGCUACCCCGCCAUGGUCGCCCGCUCGCCGCCCCGUCUCGCUGCCCCUCAUUGCGUCCCGCCGGUGCCGGUGUGAGGGGGAGCUGUCUCUCAAGACGCCCCAAACCCGGGUGGCGAGGCGCUUUUUGCUGGGCGCGCGACCGCGAUGCGUAACUCCGCAUGGGCGCACAGGGCGGGAGCAGCGCUGGUGAUGAUGUUGGAAGGAGUAUUUUCGCUGACUCGCUGUUUGUUUUGUUCCCUGCAAAUAGGUUGUCGUGUCCGACUCUGGUAAAUAUCCCCGCAUCAUCCGCUUGCUAUGAGGAAACCGUUUGCUAACCCGUCCUGCCAGGCGACUUUGCCUGUUAGUCCCCCGUCAUCGAUGCCCUCCGGCUUUCGCGACCCGCCUCGCCGCUCGAGCAGGCACGACGGCUCCUCGCCGCCCGUCUGGUCAGCGUAGGGAACAAGCGAAGCGGGCGCGAAGCGCACCCCUGGUGGGAACGUAUAGCCCGGAAAUGCUGACUCGUAGCUGUUCCAGCCAUCGCCAAGUACAAGCCCCAGGAUGCCACGACGAACCCGUCUCUGAUCUUGGCCGCCUCCAAGAAGGCUGAGUAUGCCAAGCUCAUGGACGUGGCCGUCGAGUACGGCAAGGCCCAGGGCGGCGACAUCGACUCCCAGGUCGAGCACGCCCUCGACCGUCUCCUCGUCGAGUUCGGCAAGGAGAUCCUCAAGAUCGUCCCCGGCAAGGUCUCCACCGAGGUCGACGCCCGCUACUCCUUUGACACCAAGGAGUCGGUCAACAAGGCCCUGCACAUCAUUGACCUCUACAAGGAGCAGGGCAUCACCAAGGACCGUGUCCUCAUCAAGAUCGCCUCCACCUGGGAGGGCAUCAAGGCUGCCGAGAUCCUGCAGCGCGAUCACGGCAUCAACUGCAACCUGACGCUCAUGUUCUCCCUGCCCCAGGCCAUCGGCGCCGCCGAGGCCGGCGCCUUCCUCAUCUCCCCCUUCGUCGGCCGCAUUCUCGACUGGUUCAAGGCCCACAACAAGAAGGAGUACUCCAAGGAGGAGGACCCCGGCGUCGCCUCGGUCCGCAAGAUCUUCGACUACUACAAGAAGUUUGGCUACAAGACCAUUGUCAUGGGCGCCUCCUUCCGUAGCACUGGCGAGAUUACCGAGCUUGCUGGCUGCGACUACCUGACCAUUUCUCCCAACCUGCUCGAGGACCUGAUGAACUCGACCGAGGCUGUCCCCAAGAAGCUCGAUGCCAGCAACGCCGCCUCCCAAAACAUCGAGCGCCGCUCCUACAUUAAGGACGAGGCCCUCUUCCGCUUCGACUUCAACGAGGACCAGAUGGCCGUCGAGAAGCUUCGCGAGGGCAUCAGCAAGUUUGCCGCCGACGCCGUCACCCUCAAGGGCAUCCUCAAGGAGAAGCUGUCCAAGUAAAUUGAAGAGUAAUGUGGAUGAAAAGGUACAUUGGCUCGUGACUGUAUGGGAAAUGAUGCACAAAAAGGGGAAUCAGCCACCUGGGGUUGGGCAUCUUAUGAUUGCAACGAAUUAAGGAUGUAUGGAUGCGCUGGGCUGAGGACGAGGGGCGACAGGUCCCGCAAUGAGCUCGGACGUGUGGCCCCCAAAGAGGCGUGCUGGCUUUACCGCGGGCGCACCCAAGGCAUGAGAUUGUCUACAUGUCUGCAUUUUAGGUAGAUAGAUUGGCGCGGCGAAUUUGCACAUUGCCUUGGCGGCUCCUUCAGCGGCGGACAUGCAUAACUACGUGUAUAUGUACCGAUUCGCGCGUGGUGAAGAGUGUUGUGCCUCCUUGGACUGGGCGUGAGGUGGCACGGGCUGCAGCAUUCUACGACGGUACCGACACCCGCUCAGAGUCGAAGC